CUCGUAUGUUUAUGUGAUUUGAUUUCGCUAUUGGAUUUGAAAUAGUUUAGUUGUGCUUUCUGUGGAAUUUUUGUUAGCGAAAUUUUAUUCAGAAUAUAUAAUAUAUAGUGCGCAAACAAAUUAACUUUCUGCACUGCUAUCCUAAAUUAUAGAACGCAAUGCAUUCGUUUCCAUACGUCUUAUUCGCUUUACUAGCGAGUGCUAUUGCGCAAAAGCUGGAGAAGAAAAAUGCGAUUUCAGAUAAUGUGGGCAAAGUAUACCACUAUCAGCCGGAACAAGUGCAUUUGGCCUUUGGUGAAAAGUCUAAUGAUGUUGUGGUAACUUGGUCCACACGCGACGAUGCCAUCGAAUCCAUUGUCGAAUACGGUUUCAUUGGCUUUACGCAACGCGCCAAUGGCACAUCCCAGCAAUUUGUGGAUGGUGGGGAUAAGAAAAAGUCACAAUACAUACACAGGGUCUCGUUAUUGAAUCUUGUGCCAAACCAAACGUACGUCUAUCACUGUGGCGGCCAAUUGGGUUGGUCGCCGCUUUUCGAAUUUCGCACUGUGCCCGCCGGUGACGACUGGUCACCCACUAUUGCGCUGUACGGUGAUAUGGGUAAUGAGAAUGCGCAAUCGUUGGCGCGUCUGCAGCAGGACACGCAGCGCAAUAUGUAUGAUGCUAUUAUACACGUCGGUGAUUUUGCUUACGAUAUGAAUACCGAUGACGCACGCGUGGGUGAUGAGUUUAUGCGUCAAGUAGAAACCAUUGCGGCCUAUGUGCCAUACAUGGUGGUGCCGGGCAAUCACGAAGAGAAGUACAAUUUCUCGAACUAUCGCGCACGCUUCAGCAUGCCGGGCAGCACAGAGAAUCUAUUCUACAGCUUUAAUUUAGGGCCCGUGCAUUUUAUUGGAAUUUCCACUGAAAUGUAUUAUUUUCUUAAUUACGGCCUAAAAACACUCGUUUUUCAAUACGAAUGGUUGGUGAAUAAUCUGCAAGAGGCCAAUAGGCCAGAGAAUCGUGCGCGCCGCCCUUGGAUAAUUGUCUAUGGCCACCGACCAAUGUACUGCAGCAAUGGUAACGGUGACGACUGCACGCAUGCAGAAACACUAACGCGCGUCGGUUGGCCCUUUUUCCACAUGUUCGGCCUGGAAGAACUUUUCUAUGAGCAGGGUGUCGAUGUAGAAAUAUGGGCGCACGAGCAUUCUUAUGAACGAUCUUGGCCUAUUUAUGAUUAUAAAGUGUGUAAUGGUUCGCUGGCCGAGCCUUAUCGCAAUCCAUGCGCGCCCGUACAUUUGAUAACGGGUUCAGCCGGCUGUAAAGAGGGACGUGAGCCAUUCGAAAAAGAUACGCCUGAAUGGAGCGCCUUUCACAGUCAGGACUACGGUUAUACGCGCAUGAAGGCCCAUAAUCGCACACACUUGUAUUUCGAGCAAGUGUCCGACGACAAAAAUGGUGCCAUUAUCGAUGCAUUUUGGAUAAUAAAAGACAAACACGGCAGUUAUGUUUAAUGUGGGGGUGCGUGACAUGGCUUUUAGCAUUUAGUGUGCGGAGAAUACGUCAAAGUGGAUGUAGAAAAAGCGAGGCUGCACAAAGCGCGUAUAUUAAAAUUCUUAAGCACAAUUAGUAUAUAGAAAGCAAAAAAAAAAAAUAUUAUAGAAUAUUUUUAUCAACAUAGCAUUUGAGAGAUACAAUCAGGGUUGCACAUUUUUUAACUAAAAAACUUGAAUUAAAUU